UUUAGUUUACAACUUAUACUUCAAUAAAAAUACUGGCAUUUUCAGAUAUUUGGCCCUUACAUGACAAAAGUCCUAACAUAUGCCAAUUAGGCUCUGAAAAGUGUUAAGGUCAAAUUUAUCAUUUCUCAAGGAUAUCAAGGACUUCUAACUUAAAAACAUUGUGAAACAUUACAAACAUUCGGAAAAAAUGAAGUUGACGCUGGAACUUACAAUUGUAUUUGUAUUUCUUAUUGCACCAGCUCAGUCACAAAGGUAUGAAAAUGCGACGAAAUUACAUGAGGAUCUGCUGACAAACUAUCAACCGUCUGUGCGGCCGCUUAACAACCAAACAGAUGUGCUGAAUGUUAAUGUAUCUUUAUAUCUAUACUCAUUGCUCGAAGUGGACAGCGUUAAAGGCGUAGUGACACUGGUUCUGUCUUUGUUCUGUAGUUGGUAUGACGAAAGACUUACAUGGAAUCCUGCUGAUUACGACGGAAUAAACAAGAUGAAGUUUUUUCAGAAUGAGGUUUGGAAACCACCAAUGGCACUUUCGUCGCCCGUGGAAUUUACACUCAUGAUCAACUCUAAAACAUUUGCCACUGUGGCACCAAAUGGCUGGUCGUGGAUUCAUAAUGGGAAUGUUUUAGAAAGUUCCUGUAAUUUUAACAUGCAGUUUUGGCCAUUUGAUAAACAAGUCUGCGAUGUAAACUUUAUUCCAAUAGAUUUUGACACCACGGAGGUACAAUUGAGUGUUUCAGAUCCAGGGAUAAUUCUUUAUACAAGCUCAAAUUCUGAGUGGAUUAUCGAAAAGACAAAGCAUUUCGUAAUAAAUCAAUACGGAACGUCCGAAUCAAGCUUCCGCUUCUAUCUCCAGCGCAAAUCCACGUUUUAUAUCUUAACUAUCAUUGUUCCAAUUGCCGGAAUGACCAUCGCCAGUUCCCUCGUGUUUCUGCUACCAAAUGAAUCUGGUGAACGUGUCAGCUUUUCCAUAACUAUCAUGCUAGCCCUAGCUGUGUUUCAAACAGUCGUUGCUGAUGAAAUGCCAAAAACUUCAGAACCAACUGCAGUUAUAUGCAUAUUUUUACUCAUGGGAAUAAUUGUUAGCCUAGUCUCUAUGGUGAUAGUUAUUCUCAAUAUGCGACUUUAUCACAAGAGCAAAUCAAUGCCAUUGGGGCCAUGGUAUACUAUGUUUGUGAGGGUCAUGGCACUUCAAGGUUGCGCGGGUCAUUGUGGGAAAAACCGAGUGGAAGUUGAUGGAAACAUGAUGAUGGCAGAUAAUGAAAUUGUAGCAGAGAAGAAUACAAAAUCUUUCAAGUUCACUGGAUCAAAAGCUGACAAGAACAGCAUGACUUUCGAAAAACCUAUUGAAAAUGAUUCUGAUAAUAAAAAUAAUUUUGAAAAUGUUACGUGGCAAGACCUCAGCCUUGCUGUUGACAAAGUCUGUUUCCUUGUCAUUUCUAUUUUCACAACAGUAGGAUCUAUCAGUUGCUUGGUUUACAUGGCAGCAGCCUCAACCUAUGUAGAGUUUUAAGUGAUUCAAUUAACAUUAAGCUUACAAAGCUUACAGCUACGGUUUCAAAAAAAAACAAUAUAAUGUCAUAAAUAUUUUUGUGAAGAUCAAAGUUAUAUUAUAUGAAAAUGUAUUCAAACACAUUAUCCAAAAUCAUAAUUUUCAUUACUUUCAAUAUCAUUUUUAUUCUUAAAUAUGUUUUUUUCGGAGCGGGACGGACAUACACCCCAUG